GGUACGACCUGUCCCGAGUACCGCUCUCCCAGUGCCGCCGCAGCCUCGCCGCCUCGCGACACGCCGUCCGUGCCACCGCGCUGCCGGCAUAACAAACUAACGCACGGUGUCCUUUCUAUACAUAGUGUUUCAUCACUUUACACCGGGACCGCAUCAAGCCGCGCUCGUAUUCACAUUCCUGUGGUCAAGGAAGACGAACAUAAAGAAAUUCUAAGUAAUAGAAUCUACCUAUCUACUAGUGGAGGAGUUUGAAUAAUGUGGUCGGGCACGCGCCCGGUGGGUGUCCACGUCGGGCAGUGUACUUAGUAGCGGAUGCGUGUGUGGUGGCGGGCGCGGGCGGCGGUGAUCAUGCGGGUGUGCUGUGUGACCACUGUGCUGGCAGCGUUGGCGCUGCAAACGGUGGCUGAACCGGCGCCGCGCCGCUUUUCAACCGAGUGGCGCGGCGGCCGUGAACUGCAAAUACGUUCACGACCAUUACAUGAGAUCUUUGAGCCGGAUACACCUACAACAGAGACGGAACGAACCUACGUACAACAUCAGCCUAUGCACAAGGACCGACGUAGGAUGCGUAACAAUAAACGAGCGCCGCACUUACCUGCCGAGCUCGCAAGCCAAAUGAUGUUACGCGCCUCGCGUUCCGGUCGACCUUACGAUGUUCCUCAAAUAGAAUGUCCGCCAGCGGCUGACGGAAUGGAACGAUUUGCUUGUCCAACUCCGGACAGGCAGGGCCGCUAUCGCUGUAUCGAUGAUCACGUACUUUGCGACGGGUUCAUCGACUGUCCUAACGGCGAAGAUGAGGAUCGACAAGCGUGCAUGUUUUAUAAAACGACAAAAGCCCACCUAGAUGUUCUGGCCGAUGCGCUCCUGCGGUGGGCGCGCGGCCGUUAA